AUGCAUUCCCAUGCACUGACACCGAAGAUCCCGUGGAAGUAUGGCUGGGAGCUUCUUCUGGUGAUGCAGCAUCUGCUCUCCAACAGCACAGGGGCCUGUGGCACAGUCAGGUCGAACAGGAAGUGGAUGCCGGCAUUGGGAUGCAGGAAGAUGCAGAGAGGUGAGGUGGAGUUCAAGGAGAACGGUCAACAGCUGGCAGUAUGUACGCUGUCUGCUGAGUCAUCCCAGCGGCGGUGCAAGACCCCUGAAGGCCUUAUCUGCAGUGGUAGGGGAGAGUGUGACUGUGGGGCUUGCAUAUGCCAGGUCGCAGAGCCAGGGAACUACUAUGGACCACGCUGUGAAUGCCAUGACUGGGUCUGUGCUACAUAUGACGGGAAGACAUGUGGAGGCCACGGUGUGUGUCACUGUGGGAAGUGUGAGUGUGAUGAGGACUGGUUCGGGGAGGCCUGCCAGUACCAGGAAGACUGUAACCUGACCAACAAGAAGAGCAAGGAGCUGUGCAGAAACCCACAGGGAGUAGUGUGCUCCAACGCAGGCUCCUGUCACUGCGGCAGCUGCAUGUGUCACGACCCCGAUGGCAAGAGUCUGGUAACAGGACGUUUCUGUGAGUGUGACGACAGCGAGUGUCUGGACGAGGACACCGGAGAGGUGUGUGGAGGCCACGGCCAGUGUUACUGUGGCAACUGUUACUGCGCGGCCGGUUGGCAUGGAGACAAAUGUGAAUUACAGUGUGACAUCAGCCCGUGGGAGAGCAAACGGAGAUGCACGUCUCCGGAUGGCAAGAUCUGCAGCAACAGAGGUACCUGCAUAUGUGGGGAGUGUACAUGCUAUGAUGUGGAUCCAUCAGGGGACUGGGGUGACAUUCACGGGGACACCUGCGAGUGUGACGAGAGGAGCUGUCACGCAACCUACGACAGAUACUCUGAUGACUUCUGUUCAGGACAUGGCCAGUGUAACUGUGGAAGGUGUGACUGUAAGGAAGGCUGGAUGGGGAAGAAAUGUGAGCACCCUCUGUCCUGCUCCUUGUCUCUGGAGAGCAGCCUGAAGAAGUGCAAGGGAACGUCUAACAUGCCCUGCUUCGGACGAGGUCUGUGUCAGUGUGGCCAGUGUGCCUGCCAUCCCCCAGGGGACACUCGUGUGCAUGGGAGGAACUGUGAGUGUGAUGACCGCCAGUGUGAGGACAUCAGCGGGGAGAUAUGUGGAGGUCAUGGUUUCUGUUCAUGCGGCCGGUGUAUCUGUGGUGACGGCUGGUUUGGGAAGUUGUGCUCGUUCCCCCGGACAUGCGAAAUGACUGACGCUCAGAGCAAAGAGCUGUGUGAGACCGCCGAUGGAGUCAUGUGCAAUGGAAAAGGGUCGUGUCAUUGUGGCCGGUGUAUCUGCUCUGGAUCUCCUCAGGAUUGGUGGGUCUCUGGGGAGUACUGUGAGUGCGACGACAGAGAGUGCGAUAAGCACGACGGACUCAUCUGCACAGGGAAUGGGAUGUGCAACUGCGGCAACUGCGACUGCUGGGAUGGCUGGACGGGGAAUGCCUGUGAGAUCUGGGUGGGAGCUGAAUACUAACACUACAGAACAUUUCAGUAGCUAUACAAAGAGACUGUGCUGUCAGAAAAGGUGUGAAACACCAAAGGGAGGAGAGGAAUGAGAGAGCGAUGGAGAGGAGGAUAAAAAAGAAGUCAACCAAACUGGGAUGUAAUUCUUCAUUCAGAUUUCUGCAUAUCACUUGUAUAACGGCAUUCAUUGUACUGGUUACAAAUAAUCUUUAUUAAAACUAUUUUCUUUUUUUGUAUGCAAGAAAAAAACUUUUGUAGCCAAAAUAUGUUUUUUCUCUUUAGAAGAC